AUGAUGCGUAAGGACGGCGGCGGCGGCGGCGCCGAGUUCGCUCUGGACGGCGCGGAGUGUAUGAGCCUGCAGCAGAUCCUCCAGGCUUUCAAUUCUACUAUAAGCGAGGAGCACGCGUGGGCGCUGUUCCACCAGGCCGCGCGAUGUUUCCACAAAUGCCUGGCGGAAGGCGCUCCCCUGUACUUGGCCACAGAACCGAGGCAUGUGCUGCUGCAUCGGGAUGGCAGCGUGCACCCCAACACCCUGCUACGACCGGGAGAUGACAGCUGUAGAGAAGAGGUUACAUCAGAACAGCAGUUGGUGGUGAAUCUGGCGUUGGUGAUCUACCGCGCGUUGGACUACCAGCACGCGGAGGAUGAGGAGCGGCUAAUUUCGCCAGAUCUCGAGAGCCUCAUCACUGAGAUGACCGCCUGCGAUGACGUCGAUGAGGAUGAAGAGUGCGGGGUCCUGUCGGAGGUGUCGGAGGGUGGUCGCGCGGACACUGACGACGAGGGUAUCGAGCGUGACGCGGAGCCCGCGCCACGCCGCCGGCGCUCCCGGCGGAGGUUCAUGCUGCGUGAUGUUAUUGAGCGGUGCGUAUGGCACUGCGGCGGCGGUGGUCGCAACGUGCGCGAGGCGGCGGCGGCCCACUACCGGGCGGUGUGCCGCGCCCUGGUCGCGGAGGCGCUGGAGCUGGCCUCGUUCCUGGCGAGGGUGCGGGUCGGAGGCGCGCGGGACCUGGGCGCCGCUGAGGACUCCGCGACGCACCUCGAUACCCUGCACUUCUCCGACUGGGCACGUUUCUGGAUGCAAGUGAUCGGAGAGCUGAGGAUGGGAGUGAAAUUAAAGAAAGUGAACUACUCCAGGACCCCCAUAGAAUAUGAGUUAACCCCGUAUGAAAUAUUAAUGGAUGACAUAAGAUCUAGAAGAUAUACGUUAAGGAAAGUUGACGGGGCAAUACCUCAAAGUGUGAAAAAGGACGCUCACGCGAUGAUUCUCGAAUUUAUUAGAAGUAGACCUCCACUCAAAAAGGCGUCGGAGCGCAAGUUGCCGCCGCCGCGACGGGAGACCACCCCUCGGGAACAGCUAAUGGCUUCCAUACAAGUCGGCAGACAGCUUAGGCCGACGCCCUACUCUAGGAGAUUAUCGACAAGUGGGUCGGGCAGCGGACCGGGCGGUGGUGGGGCGGACGCGCGGCGCGGGGGGGACAUCACGCCGCACGCGCAACCUCAGCGACGGCUCAUCAAAGUAGACUUUGACAACUUGGAGGACGACGAAGACGACGAUGACACAGAGACCUGCGCCAGCCCCGAGGUGUGCGCGCCUCAACCGUUCCCGAGGCACACGGCGCCUCAACAGACCCCCAAACCUUGGAAGAGAACUGCGUAUGACUUGGCGACACAGUGCCCGUCGCGGCGGGCGUCCAUGCGGCGGCACACGGUCACGCACGCCGCCUGCGCACCCACCGACGGCGCUCAUUCGUUACCACACUCAAGGCCAGGAUCGCGCGCGUCGUGCGCAGGCGCAGCGUCGCUGGCGAGCAGCGAGGCGGACGCGCAGCUGGCGGAGCUGUCGUGGUCGCGCUCCUCGCUGCAGGACGAACUCAUCAAGUCGGUUAGUGGCAGCCCUACACAUCACGCGCAUAAACAAUGGCAGGAAGCGAUAAUGUCAGAGGACCGGUUGUCGCUAACACUAGAGGAGAUCGUCCAUAUUAGGUCGGUGCUCACCAAGGCUGAGCUGGAGGUUUUACCUGUCGAAGGCAGAGUCAAGGAGGACGUUGAGAAGAGGAGGGUAUGCUUCCUAUGUUUAAAGACAAGAUUUGGCAUUUUUGGUCCCUGGGGACAGAAAUGUAAACUAUGUAAAAAGACUGUUUGUCAGAAGUGUUGUUCAAAGAUGCGUAUACCGACGGAGCACUUCGCGCACGUGCCGGUGGUGCUGCUGAGCCCGUCGCUGCUGCCGUCGCCGGAGGACGAGGCCGCCUCCUUCCCGCGCACGCUCAUGGCGCGACUGGUCUCCGCGCCGCACGACAGCACGGCGGAGAACAGCGUGGGCAGCGCGCCCAGCAGCCCCGCGUGCGCGCGGCGGGCGGGGGCGGGGGCGGGCGCGGGGGCGGGGGGCGGCGCGGGGGGCGCGGCGCACAGCGCGCCGGGCUCGCGCGCGCCCUCCCGCGGCGGCUCCGCGCUCGGCUUCAGCGUGUACAGCGACGGCCCGGGCAGCAUGCCGCUGCAUCUGCCGCACGCCGACAGAGAGGCGCGGCGGAGCGGCUGCGCGGCGUGCAGAUGGCGGUGUGCCUGGACUGCAAGGCGAUGGUGCUGCAGAUCAUCAAGUCCUCGCGCGCCGCGCGCUCCGCCACGCGCGACCGCGCCCUCAAGCACCUCACGCUCGACCUCGCGCCCGUCUACUCCGCCGACUGCUAG